AUGGCCGAAGUCGAAAUGCCCCAGCCAGUUCCUGGCCCCGUGUCAAGUGAAAACGGUGCGCCCUCGACAUCUGACGAUAUCAAGACCAUUUUCCACGAUGUCAACAACUUCAACGUCAAGCACCCUCUUCUCAACACCUGGAGUCUUUGGUUCACCAAGCCGCCCUCCUCAAAAGGCGACAACUGGAACGAUUUGCUGAAAGAGGUGAUCACAUUUGAUACAGUCGAGGAAUUCUGGGGUGUAUACAACAAUAUCACAGCCACCUCCGACCUUGCCGUCAAAUCUGACUAUCACCUCUUCAAGCGAGGGGUACGACCCGAGUGGGAAGAUCCCCAGAACAAGCACGGUGGCAAAUGGUCAUACACGUUCAAGGAUAAGAAGGCCGUCAACAUCGAUGAACUAUGGCUACACACGCAACUGGCGGCGAUUGGUGAGACUUUGGAAGACGACGGAGAUAACGAGAUCAUGGGCGUCGUUGUCAACGUGCGAAAGAGCUUCUACCGAAUCGGAUUAUGGACUCGCACCACGGGAAAGGCUGGUGGCAAAGACACACUGAUGAAGAUCGGUGCUAGGUUCAAGCAAGUGCUUCAGAUCCCCGACAACGAUCAACUCGAGUUCAGCGGUCAUACAGACGCUGCGCAUGCAGGCAGCACCCGGGCAAAAACAAAGUAUACUGUUUGA